AUGGCAACGUCAUCCGCAACCCCUAUCGGCUCAACAAUCUUUCUGACUCUUUCCUUCGUCACUAUCUGUUUGCUCACUUUGUUACUAUUACGACGAUUUCUGACCCUUCGUGCGACUCCCGCAUAUAUAACUGUUCCCGUCUUUCUGGCUUUGGUCCUUCCCGCCAGCGUCGUCCUUCUCGUUCCGGUGGAUUUGACAUCAAGCUCAAGAGAGAAGGGAAAAGGCACAAAUGGAGUCUGGCUACCAAGCCACGCGGUUUUGAUACUAUGGCGUAUAGCAUACUGGUUGAUAUUCUGCCUGACCUGGGUUAUUCUACCUCUACUAGGCGAUUUCGUUGACUCCGGAUAUCGUGAUCCCAAAAGCCGCUUGAUGUACUCCUUGCGCUCCAAUGCUAGAUACCAAUUUACCGUCCUCUGCUGCGGUAUCGUCGGCCUGAUCUACAUUUCCAUCCAGAAUGGAUUCGACUUCACUUCCAUCAAAUCGCUGGUCAUGGCACUUGCUUACGUGUGGGGUUUGAUACUGGCUAUUUACCUGAUGGGUCAUGGUCUUGUCUCCAUCCCUCGAUCGUUCUUCCGAAAAGCCAACAAUGCCGAUGCUCUACGAAGGAUUCAGGCUCAUGCCCCAAAGAUCCACGACCGUUUGACGGAUGCCAUAACCGAACUGGAGGAAGUCGAGGCUCAAGUAGCUCAGCUACAGCUGAGAAAGACUGGCAUGGCACGCAUGUUCGACGACUGGAUUGAAGAACUUGCCGACUAUUCAAAUAUACCAGACUCGCGUCCUACGGCUCUGCAUUCGCUUGCGGAACCUACAGCGGUCCCCGCGGUAAUCACAGAACGAUACCUGGCAGGUUUGUCACGACGACUACAGCGCGCACGGCAUCAAAAAGCACGGUUCGUAGACGAAUGGGAUCGCCUCGUUCGCUCAGCCUCUGAAUAUCAGACAAUUCUCAACUCAGCUGCGUCGAAGAAGCUUGAUUUUGGUCCUGUGGGUAGCUCUGACACUGGGUCCAACUCGCGCAGAGCCGGGAUUAUUACCCCGUAUAUGCGGUAUGUUAUAUAUGUGCAUGUGCUCCCGGGCCUGAGACUUGUCAUGGGAGCAGCAUUUGCCGCUGCAUCUUUCUGCGUCAUCUGGUCCGAGGUCGUCAAAGCACUUGCCCCGAAGCUGUGCCUUAUCAGCCUGAGCUUAGUACCUAAGGCGGACAAGGCCCAGAUUGGACUGGGAGGUCAGUUGAUAGCCUCCAUGUGGCUAUUGUAUAUGUGUACCGCUGCCCUCAAAGGCGUCAAUGAUGCUCAGGUGUGGGGUAACAGAGCCUUGGUACGUCGCAAUACGUAUGGUGAGAGCGCCUGCUGGUAUGCGGGACAGGUUGCGAAGUUGACUGUACCACUGGCCUAUAACUUCCUCACAUUUUUACCCAGGGAACUGCGCCACGACACGACAUUCUACCAAUUUCUUGGGCAAUAUAUCAAUCUCACGCCCCUAGGGAAAGGAUUUGACUACUUUCCAGUCUUCGUACUUCUUCCAGUCUGUGCCACCAUAUUUAAUCUGUAUGGCCGAAUCAAGAAGGUCUUUGGUUUUGGCUUUGUAGAUGAUGAAGAAGAUCCCGAAGCGGACCCUGGCGGUUUUGGAACGGGAGGCUGGCGUGAAGGACGUGCUCUCAUUGAACGGGAACUGGUUGGUUUAGGUUCUCUGGGUUUGACUUCAAGAUCUCAUGAUGUCGGGCGGAAUACCGGUCUCGCUUCGUCUUCCUCUUCUACCUCACUCAACAUCUCGCGCGCAGUUUCUCCUCAACCCGGAUGGUCCUCUUCAUCAACUCUACCAAGAUCGUCGUCUCGGGCUCCAUUAACUGGGCCAUCAUCGUCAGCAAACGCGACCACAGCCACUACCAUCAUUGAUGACGGAGCCGCCGAAGAAGAAAACUUCUUUCAGUCAUUCGCGCACCGGGUCCGAAACACCAUCGAUACGGCGUCCACUCCACGAUGGCUACAAGGCGACUUUUCAAACAUUAGUACGCCGAGAUGGCUGAAUUCGGACCGGGGAAACUCGGGCGCCAAUAAUGACUCUACUCAGGGAGGCAGCAAGAUAUUUGGAGGUUUAUUUGGACAAAGGUCCUCAGACGGGCACGUGCGACUCUGA